AAGAGCCAGCGACGCUCGUUCAGCGAACAAAACAAACCGUGAACAGCCGCGGCGGAAGAAGGCGGGAGGUGAGACUGGCACGUCUCCUCUUCAACUAAAAAUUCACCGAACAUCAAUGAAAUCAUGAUCUGACAAUUCUCAAAAUUCACCGAUUAUCGUUCAGCGCGACUUAUCUCUUUGGACAUCACCAUCCAGUUUGCCACCGUGUCAAGAGCCUCCCGUCUUCUGCCAAACGCCAGUUUCACAGGGAAACUUUGAUCACCUGACGUGCCAUUAAACAUCCAAAUAGCAAAUUUAUUAACAAUCAUUUAACAAUGGCUAUUCUUCCUCCGGACCCUGUUUACAUCAUGAGAGGUGAUAUGGGCCCUGUUCAUAGUCUAUUAUUCAGAGUCUCACCAUAUGUCGAACAUCUUUAUGCUGGAGCUGAGAGUGGAAGAAUUCAUAUUUGGGAUUUAAGAAAAAAUAAGGAAAUUUUUAAGUUGGAUGCUUCUAAUGAACCUUGCUUAGCAAUGCAUAUUAUGAGUGAUGAAUGUCUUGUAACUGCGAGAAAGGGUGGAGCAAUCAAUUUGUGGAAACCUCAAAGUUCCAGCUGGACAAUAAGUGAGACUAUAGAAACAGAUUAUCGUGGCUUUUGCCGUGCUCAAGUAUCAUCUGAAGAUGAAUUGAUUAUACCACUUAAUGACUCAAAAACUGGUUUAUUUUCUUUGAAAACACUAAAGACAGAAAUUGAACUAAAUCCUUUGAGCCUUCCAAAUGCAAAAUCUCUUGGAAUGGUAAUGGCAAUAAAACCAUAUAUUGAUGAAUCUAAAUAUGUAUUCAUUGCUUAUGAUGGAGGAUUAAUUUAUAUGUGGGACCUGAGAACCAAGAAAAUGUUAUCAUCGUUGGAAGUUGAACAAUGCCCUAUGGCUAUUGACUUCAAUGCAACUUUGAUGCAUGGAAUUGUAGGAAGUCCUUGUGAUAAUUUGCAAAUAUUUACAUUAUCAAACAGCAAUGAGUUGUCUGAAAAAACAAGAUUGCCUUUGAAAAAUCCAGGUAUAUCUGCUAUUGCAAUUAGACCUGAUGCAAAAAUAUUCGCCACUGGUGGGUGGGACAGUCGAAUUAGAAUUUAUUCAUGGAAAACGCUGCGCCCGCUCGUCGUUUUAGAUCAGCACAAAGCUACUAUCCAUGAUAUCAUCUAUUCAACUUGCAGAGUUGAAGCUUAUAACAGCAAAUGUCUUAUGGCUGUUGCUGGCAAAGAUGGAAAUAUUUCUCUUUGGGACCUUUACAAUUAAUUGAAAACUGAUUUAAUAAAGAAAUAUUUUCUAAACAAUUGAUUUUUAUAGUACAAAUAUGAAGAAAAGACUUAUUAAAAGUUAGUUGGGAAUUGCACAAACAAUGAAUAUCGAAAUGUAAAAAUUAUUGAUUCUAUUUUUUUUUUUGAGUCAUUUUUUUAUCCAUGAAUUUUGAUUAACACUUUUCUUCUUAAAAAAAUUCAUGAUCUGCAAAUAUGUAAGUGUUAACUUUUUUUUGAUUUUGUAAUUUAUCUGAAGAAAAUUUAUUUUUUAGUUAAAAUUCAUUUAUACAAAAAGAACAAUAUUUUAAUAUCAUUGAAACCACCAAUUAAAGAA